GUGUCUAACAAGCUAAAAAAAUGAUGUAUUGCUUUGACAUGAGAUUGUUGCUCCCUAUAUACUAUAGUUCUUCUAUAAUGGCUAAUUGUACCAUUACAAUUGCUUUCAUUUCAUUCAUAAUAUUCAGGUAGAAGCUAUGUUCAUGUUGUAAUCACUUAUCAUAAUUUGAUAUGAUAACACUGUUUACCGGAAACCGUUAGGAUGUUAUUUAUAACAUAGUAAUAAUUGAUUCAGUACAUAAUGAUGCAUGGUACAUGACUGUCUGCCUUGAAUGAAAAUUACAAUUAAUUAGAAAAACUGGAAGAUUAUUGUCCAUAAUAUUUAAAGGAAAUAUAAUGGGCAUUACUUAUUUGUCUGUAAACUUAUUCCUGUAAAAUGUAUUGUCUGACUCCCCAUAUCCCACCCACCCCCAAAAGAGAGUUUGCUCUGGGUGUGGUGAAGCAUACUAUCUUUGGUAUACAUGCGUUGCUGUAAACGUCACAUUCAUAUUUCAAAAUAGAACCUUCCUUUUGUUCUCCUCAAAAUAGCCUGAUUACUCAACAAUGUUCCCUUUGAAAUCUGGCAUGACCAAUGUUACAAUGCAUGUUUGAAACCUAUCUGAGCACCUUUCACAUAAUUUUUCAAAAGGAUUCUUUAGAAUGCUUUUUCUACACGUGCAAUGUUUUAUUAGGUUUAUUUAAAUUAUCACCUUUUGUUGAGCAAAACCUUUUGGAAAUCAGUUUUACUGUAUAUCAACCUGUGUUUUGCAGUUCUAGCUGAUGUCCCAUGUACACUAAAUGGUGCAAAUAAUUAACACCUUACUGUAUUCUUCAUACCCGCAUAAGUCUGUGACAAAGAUUAGCAAAUUACAAUAAAAAAAAAUCAAGGUCAAUAGCACACAAACAUGUCAGAAUGACACAAGGCUGGGUGGUGUCAUUAUUGCAAACGCUGUUGACAAGGUAAGGUGUAUGACUCAUCCACGCUGUGUAAGAGUCAAGAAUUUUUAUAUAUUUUUGUACAGUUUGCUGGAAAUGUGCGGUGACUUAUUAUUAUUUGAAAAUACAAUACACGUGUACAUAAUUUUGUGUGUACUGAUUUUAUAUCAAAAAAUAUUUUUACCUCAUUUUUUACAUACCAUCACACUCAUUAUUUCCCAUAUAGUACAUAUGUAAAUGUGGUUUAUGAAAUAUACAGAUGAACACAUAUUGUCUGUGAAGUAAUAUCUGUUACAAUGCAGUGGUUUAUGGUGGUUUGAUAGAUGGUAAUUUGGAAAAGCAUACAAUCCCCAGCAGUGGGCGUGGUUAGCUACACUAUAAAGGAAAGUAUGUCUGGAGUUUCAUCAACCAUUACAAUGAGAGCAUCAGAAAAAGAGUUUGUCAUGCAGAACCCAGCCACUCAAUGUUAUGUUCUCUUUGCUUGGCUUGUCUUAUUUAGUUCCAGUCUACGAGUAUCCAGAGCCGUUCAGGAUUAUACAGGAACAAAUCAAACUCUACAGAUUGAGGCUCUUAAAACUAGUAUGCUGGAGUACUUAGGGAUGGACAGACCGCCACCAUCUAGAGGAAAGUCGUCUUAUCAGGAACUAAUCAGAAUAUACCGUCAAUAUCAGAACAUGAGGAGGGAUAUGCAGUCUUUUCAGAGUGGCUCCAGUUUCUUCCUUCAUACCACAGUGCAGCCAUUGAAUUCUCAGCAGACUGGUCCUGAAUCAGUGACUCAAUGGUUCAGGGCUGUUUUUCACAGGGAGUCUCAUAUAACAGACGAGUUUCUCUUGGCACAAGCACAGCUGCGACUUCAAAGACCUCUGGAUAACAAUUUUGACCAACCACUGCACAAUCAGAAAAUUCUGGUUAGAAUACACCUAACCUCCCAUUCUUAUAUGAAGAAGGUGUUUUAUUCAAAAAAAUUUAAAUCAAGAGGCCACAAUGUUACAAUGGAUGUGACUUUUGCAGUUAACCGAUGGCUAGUGAAGACUAGUGAUGUUUUACUAAUUGCUGACAUUGGCUUUGUUAGAAACAAAGAAGGUGAAACUGUACCCACUCCACAGGUCUGUUUGGAACUUAAGCUAAUGGAUGGUAAAGUGAGAAAACCUCGUUCCACUUAUGGAGAAAGCUUUGAGGAUGACAGCUACUGUGGUCGGAAGUCAUUGAGUGUUUCCUUUGAGGAGAUCGGCUGGUCAGACUGGAUUGUGGCUCCUGCUGGCUACACAAUGUACUUCUGUGAUGGCUCUUGCCCACACAAUUACAAACCAGCCAGUAUGCACACUCAGAUAAAGUCACGUCUACAUCGAUUGACCAAAGGAGCGACGCCUCGCCCAUGUUGCGUGCCAGCAGACUAUGAGCCCAUGAUUCUCAUGCACUACGAUAGCCGGGGAAAGCUGAAACUAACAUCUUUCAAUGAUUUAAUCGUUACCAAAUGCCACUGUGCCUAAAGGUUUUAAGCCGGCUCAUGGUUACAGUUUUGGGAAAAAUUUUACUGUGCUGUUAAAUUUCAAAAAUGGUGCACAACAAUGCUGUACACGGACAUGGUUACAUUUCUAACAUUUCGCUGAUGGGACUCUUCUUCCUUGAAGGAGAAAAUUCACCUGGAUACUCAGUAUUAAAAGCAAAGAAAAGCCUUAGUUUCACAUGUAGAGUUUAAAUUAUUUAUUAUAACUUAUUAAUGACAUUUUGUAUUCUUGUCUUUUCUUAUGUUAUAGACGAGUAAACCAUUUGUGUAAGUGAUGCAUUUAGUAUUUAAAAAACAGUAACUUGAAUAAUUUUGUUAAAUGUAAUUAAUUUAUUUCUACUUGCUGCGUAUUUACUAUGUGAAAUGUUUUAAUUUUCCUGUACAUACUAUUUUUGUCGAAUCAUUCUAAUACCAUUGUGUAUAAUGGCAGGCUUACGGAAGUGUAUUCAGCAGAUAUUAAAGUAAACAAUCUGUUAUGAUAAUUUUUCAAGGUCAGGGAGUGCCAGUAAUCAAAGAUAUGACACUCUUUUACAGUACAAUAACCUUGAACAUAUAUAUUUCUACCCCAUAUGGCCUUGACUAACAAGGGAACCAACAAAGGUAAAGACAGAGAAUGAAGCAUGUCACUGUAGCCGAUGUCACUGGAGCUAUACAUUUUAAUGAACAAAGAAAGUGAAAAGAUCACUUUGAACCCAUUUAUUCAGAGUAGGCAUUUUACAGAGACAAUCACUUUAAGAAAGCAAUAAAGAUACAAUGGAAACAUCAUUUAGAGCAGAGUCAUACUUGAGGCACCUAUGGCCUUAUUUUAUCACUAUCUGACCUCAACACUGGAUAUUGCUAUUGUCGCAAUAUACACAGAUACAGAUAAAACAAUAACAAAAACCAUUAGUGAACACCACUUAUUUUCAAUUGUUCAGUAUGUCAUUUACUACAGAUCAUAAAACUUGACAGUUCAUCCUCUCACUGAGUGAUAAGGAGUUCAUUCUACAGUCAUUUCCAAUCACAGGCAUCUGCUAGGUCAUGUACACAGACCUAUCAGAUCAUGUAACACAUUCUUUCCAGCACAUUGAGAUCCUCUGACGUCACGAGUUGAAGUUCAAAAACUGUGGUAUUUGAACACAAGUGUCUCAUAGGAAGCUUAGUCUCACUUUUCCAAUUGGUAGAUGUGAUAGACAGUGUAACUAUUUACCACUAUAAAUGAAAGCUUUACACUUCUGCAAAAUGACAUGUAUUUGUCUGUUAUCCCACUGUGUUCCACUGACCAGACAUCUGUAAUGUAAAUGAAAAACAGCUAUAAAUUUUAAUAUUUUACUUGCAGUGUUAUCCAACAGUUCGAGUACACAUCUUAGAAAGCCGUUUAACACUGUACCAAUGUAAAUAAAAUUACCAUACUUUUCCCUUAACAACAGGUUAAAAAUGUGAAACAUUCUAUUAAAUAAUUCAUCCAGCAUGUGUUGCAAGGUCUUCUAUAGAAAUUUGAUGAAAGAACACAAAUGUUGUUAUGUAUUUAAAGGGGGUUAAUUACUAAAAGGUGAUUUUCAAGCAACUAUUGCUAUUAUCAGAUGAAAUUGACAGUUGAUGGAAAGCCAUUCCUGCAUUGUCUUUGCUGUCCAUGUUUUGGGUCAUUACCAUGUUGGAAGAUGAGCCUUCAUUGUAGUCUGUGGUCCUAAGUGCCCUUAAGCAGGUUUCUGUACUUUAAUUUGUUCAUCCUUUUGGUAAUCUUCUCAAUCCCUGCUGCACAAAAAAGAUCCCUACAGCAUGCUGCCACCACCAUGCUUCACUGUAGAGUUGAGGAGUCAUGUGCCUUUUUCUGAUGAGUGACUUGCAUCUGGACACUCCUUACUUUUAACAAUGAUAAAAACUGUUUUUCACUGUUUUUCAGUACCCUUCCCCAGAUCUGUGCCAUGACACGAUCCUAUCUUAGAGGUCUAGGUCCUUUGUCCUUGCUUUUUCUAUGGCAUACACUCUCAACUACCAUUUUACACUGUAAUAUCAAAGGGUCUUCUG